UAGGCGGAAGCGCACCGCAGCGGAACGGCGUGCCGGUGGUAGCGGAGCCCGAGGGCGCAGGCUCAACCAUGGUAUCCGGUAAGCAGUUGGCCGACUUCGGCUACAAGGCCUUCUCCGGUUCCAUGAUGCUGCUGACGGUCUACGGCGGGUACCUGUGCGGCGUCCGCGCCUACCGACUCCUCCAGCGCCGCCGGGAACGGCAGGCCGUGACCGGCUCCGAGAGCUGA